AUGGACACGUCCUCCGUUACUAUGCACACUGAACGCGCGUGCUGCCACCAAGCUCAACGGGCGGUCGCUGCGAUGUUGGAUAAGGCUCCUAGCUGGUUGAUCUGGACGGCUGUUCUCUAUGUAGGGCUUCCGUUUAUGCUAUACUGGGCCGUUCCGUACCUAUUCUACCACAACAAGACAAAGAGCAGACGCAUUGCGAUCUAUGUACUAGGCGAUCUUGGGCACUCUCCGCGGAUCUGCUACCACGCGCGCUCUUUCAGCGCUGCGGGCUGGGAGGUGGAGCUGUGUGGUUAUCUGGAGGAGCAGCCACCGAAGGACUUGCUGGACGAUCCGCGCGUGACGAUCCGGGCGUUGCCAGGAGCCUCUAAUGCAGGCAAGAGCCUGGGCCAGACUGCGCGCAAGGUCGUAUUGCAGACAUGCCACAUUGUGCGGCAGCUGUGGGAGCUGCGCGGGUGCGACUACAUUCUGAUCCAGAAUCCGCCCAGCAUCCCGCUUCUGCCCAUCGUGGCGAUCUUCAAGGUGCUGACGCGCACUCGGUUAAUCUUGGACUGGCACAAUUUUGCGUAUACCGUCCUGCAGUUGCGGGUGGGGCGUUUUCUGCACCCGCUCGUACUUGUCUCGUAUGCUGUGGAGUUUCUGUUCAGCCGCAUGGCUGACUACCAUAUCACCGUGACCGCCGCCAUGAAGGAUUAUCUCGUACAGAGCUUUCUGUUGCCCGCGCGGCGUAUUGCUGUCAUGUACGAUAGGCCUGGCGAGCAAUUUAGGCCACUGCCGGCGGGGGAGCGGGGGGCUGCGCUCGCAGAGCCAUUCAUCAGAGGUUACAUUCCGGCAGGAUUCGACGUCCAGCGAGGCGAUACCAUACUGGUGACGUCAACAUCCUUCACUCUGGACGAAGAUAUUAAUGUGCUAUUUGGUGCGCUCAAGAUAUACGAGAGUGCUGCGGCGAAGUUCGAUACUACUCUUCCGCGCAUCCUGCUUUUCGUCACUGGUAAGGGCCCCCUCAAGGGCAAGUACAUGGAGGAAGUGAGGAAUUACAAAUGGGAACGCUGCACAAUCCACUUCCUGUGGCUCUCUGCUGAGGACUACCCGCGGCUUCUGCAGCUGUGUGACUUCGGUGUUUCGCUACACACUUCGACUUCGGGGCUGGAUCUGCCCAUGAAGGUGCUUGACAUGUUCGGGUCGGGUCUGCCGGCCUUUGUAAUGGACUAUCCCGCCAUCGGCGAAUUGGUCCAGGACCGCGUCAACGGCUUGAGGUUUACAACCCGGCGUGAGCUAGAGCAGUGUCUUAUUUUCGCAAUCAAGGAUGAACACACUAGGAAGGUGCUGAAGGAGAACGCGCUUCUUGAGAGUAAGAACAGAUGGCACCAGAGUUGGGCCUCCGCCAUGAGCGAGCUGCAAGUUGUUCGGCAAUCUUAG